UGGACGAAGAAACACGGCUACGCCCCCCAAUUUGUAGCGUCACGUUGCGUCACUUACUCUUGAACACGAGUGGAAUGGGCACCCCCGAUUCGUACCAAGAACGGUUUGGCAGAGAGGAUAGAGUACUGCCCCCAGACUUUCCCGAUGACGCCCAUCCCUUAGCCAGGAAUCAACUUACACACCUCUUCUUUGAGCCUGGUGAGGGCUUCGAGUACGGAUGGGGUAUCUAUUGCGUGCAGCUACUCGUCGGGCGGCUUGGCGGUAAGGAUCGGUUCUUCGAGUACGUCGACCACCACAUCUUUGGCGCGCUUGGCAUGACCACUUCCACCUACCGACCGGCUCUGGCGCCGCAGGUCUGGAAGCGUCGCCUGCAGAUGGUAGAGCGCAAGGUGGACGCCUCUACGAUGAACGGCGAGGCAUACCUCGUGGCCCGUGACAAAGAUACGUAUGGCCUGACCUGCAGUAUAUCCGAUCUUGCCCGGCUCUUUGGCGAUAUUAUAUCGCCGGAUUGCAAGCUGCUCCAGCGCCAGGAACACCGUGAUCUGUUUUUCGCGCCGCAGUUGACUCCCGGUAGCCUUGCACACCAGUCGCUUCUGGCAGAAACCACCAACUAUGGCUUCCUGCUCCCCCUCGAACAGGACGUGCCGCAUAAGGUAUCCUGGGCGUUAAUACCACCUCCAGCCAUGAACUGGACCGCGGCGGGUGCACUUGUUGAAGAGGACGGUUCCCUCCCCGGCUCAUGUAUCCCGAAAGGGACUGUCGCAUUUGAAGGUCAACCCAAUAUCAUUUGGACCAUGAACCGCGAAAAGGGGCGUAUGAUGCUUUUUGGUACCCAGUUACUGCCUGGCUACGAUGUGAAAGCACAUAAUCUGGCGGUUCAAUUCUUGGCCGACAAAGUCGAGCCAUGCGCCGAAGUCAGCAACUUAUGGGCCGCUCAGAUUUCCAGCACCGCCUUACCGAGUGUGCCCGCCUCUCUUGCUUAUGCCUGCCUGAAUACAAUUCCCCUGCAUAAAGACGCUGGGAUUGAGUUGAUUGACUCUUUGGAGCCAUAUCUCGAGUGGCAGACGGACGCGGCCUACAAGGCAGACCCGCCUGCCGAUUACUUCUACCCGCCCCACGACAUUUUCAAGGCACUUGCCGGCGUUAGGGCAGAUCUUGUGGCGGACAAGUAUACGAACGAGUACGAGUUCCAGGUGGAUCUUUACGCUCGAGUAUUUGCUCCAGCGCACGAUGGACACUUUGUCUUCUAUCCAGAUGCGCUGACCAUUGCGUUUGAGUGGACACGCGCGAAGCCCAUCGUGUCUAUCAGUGAGAAUGGACGGGAUUUGCCUGUAGUCAAACUCUAUGAGGAUGUUGCCAAGGACCCAAAGACAGCGCCUACAAUCACAAAGAUCAACGGCAUCGAGGCUUCAAAAUACAUCCUUGACACCAUCGCAGUGGCCUCUUUCAACCAGGAUAUAGAUGCCGCCUACAACUCCAUGUUUUAUUCCAAAGGAUUCGCGGCGGCUACGGGCACUCAAGGAUACUUUUCAGGCGGAGGCCGCAUCCGAUACCUGUACCAGGGCCCAGAGACGAAAUUUACCUUUGACAAUGGAACCACCGCAACCUUUGAGAACACUGCGUCCGUCAAGGCAAAUAUGACGGGCGUCGUGGAUGGUCAAUCCUAUUUUGAUACCUUUUGCUUUCUGAGUGUCGAUUUCUUUCGACGCAGUGCUGUGCCUGCUGAACCUGCUACUAUCGGUGCGAGAGCUCAGCCGGGCCAGAACCCCGGGUACCCAGUGCCAGUUCUAGCUACUAAUGACGGUAUUGUGUCUGGCUACUUUCUCGAAGGUGGCGGUUUGGACGAUGUCGCGGUCAUCUCGAUCCUCACCUUUGAGCCCAGCUCCCCGCCCCAAUUCCAGGCCGUCGUCCAAAAUUUCUUUGCAGAAGCGGUAGCCGCCGGGAAAUCGAAGCUUGUUGUCGACUUCCAGGGCAAUCCCGGAGGUUUCAUAGCUCUGGGCUACGACUUUUACGGUCAACUCUUCCCCCAUAUCCGAGCGGAUGGGUUCUCGCGGUGGAAGCUCAGCCCAGAGUUCGAGACUAUCGCCCAUGCCUUUAGUAACGCCACCAAGGGCGUGAAUCCUUAUACUGAGGCUGAUAUUGGAAAGAUUCAGGCGUAUUUGACGUCGGAGAAUUGGCGCUUCGACCUGGACAAGAAAGAGCAGCCUUUUACCAGCUUUGCGGACAAAUUUGCACCAAGGGUUUUCCAGGGUACAAACUACACGGAUCUCAUGAGGUGGAACUGGAGCGAUCCUCUUAUCUCAACGAACUUCACAACCGGAUUUGGCCUCGGGAUUUCAGGAUAUGGAUCCCGCGUAAAUCUCACUCAACCGUUUCUGCCAGAGAACAUUGUCCUUCUGUAUGAUGGAUCCUGCGCCUCGACUUGUACAUUGGCAUCCGAAUUCCUCAGAAUCAACGCAGGCGUCAAGUCUGUUGCUUUCGGCGGCCGGCCGAAGAAAGGCCCGAUCCAGGCAGUCGGCGGGGUGAAGGGUUCGCAAGUAUACCAGCUCACCAAUAUCUUCCAGCUUGCUGAGCAAGGGAUAAUCCUUGGCACGAGUCCUGCGAAUGUGGAGGCGUUGCAGAACGUGAACCCCCUCCCGAUCGUCCGCAGCACGGCGGGUUCAGUGAAUGUGCGAGACCAGAUCCUCCGACCGAACUUACACGAUGGCCUGCCGGCGCAGUUUGUCGUCGAGCAUGCCGACUGUCGGCUUUAUUGGACAGCGCCCAUGGUUAAUGAUAUCACCGAGGUCUGGAAGGCUGCUGCUAACGCAGCCUUCAACAAUGCCAAGUGUGCAGACGGUGGUAUUGCGCAUAGGGCUCCAAAGUCUUUUGUCCGCCCCGUUGUGAACCCGAAGUUGCCUAUGGAUAUUGAUCUUGAUAAGACAGAGCGCUCAGGGCUGUGGAAUGCAAAGUUUCGUCUCCGUACUAUAGACUGA